GCCCUGAGAGCCUCUGUAUCAUAGCCAUCUCCACCAUGAAGGUCACUGGGGGGCUUCUUCUGCUCUGCGCAGCAACUCAUUUCUUCAGCAGCUCAGAAGCUGCUAGUCUGCCUUUAACCACAGUGGACUGCAGUAUUUACAAGAAGUACCCAGUGGUGGCCAUCCCCUGCCCCAUCACAUACCUGCCUGUUUGUGGUUCUGACUACAUUACCUAUGGGAAUGAAUGUCACCUGUGCAUUGAGAACUUGAAAAGUAAUGGAAAAGUCCAGUUUCUUCAUGAUGGAAGCUGUUAACUUCUCCACAGACAUGGGUACUGCAGUGAUAAUCUUCAUCAUCUUCAUCAUCCCUGGGCUCUGAUUGCCUUUUCCCUCAUCCUGGCUAGUGUUCUGGGGUAGGAGUUGAGACAGAUCCAGAGGCAUCUUUGUUGAGUGAAGAAAGUUGAGAUGGUCUUCCUCAAACUCAUGCCUUAUUGACUUCCUGGGUUCUUUUUGUACUUCAAUAAAAAAAAACUCCCUGGAGAAUUUAC